CAUCUUUUGUUUUCACGCUGAUUUGACAUUUGGCGCGUUCAGUGAAAAGUCGCAGCUUAGUGAGUGAUAAACACAAGUGCUCAUUUAAGAUAAAUGUGGUCUUUUCUGUAACACUCGCGUCUCUGUAUAACUGACACGAUUCUUUUAUAGUGAGUCUGAAGUCGAUGUGUUUUAUGAAGGCAUUAUAAAGUCAAAGAAGUUGCUGGAUGAGUGUGUUUCUAUGUGUUUUCACGGAUAAAGUGAAUAAAUGGAUCGAUACAAUGAUGUUAAAAUCCUCCUGAAGAAAUGGGAACAGUCUUUCUUCCAAACAAACAACAGGAAACCCAAUAAGGACGACAUUGAUAAAGCUCCAGAGGAGACGAGACAACUCUAUAAAGAAUACCGUUCACUUAAAGAAGCAAAAGAAAGGAAUGGCACUGGGCAGGAGGAUCAGACAAAACCCCAAAAGAGUCCGUCUUCUACAGCUGAGUCUGGAUGCUGGGGGUCUCACCUCAACCGGAAGAGUCUGCCGGCUGCUGUUCCAAAACUGUCUUCAGAUGACAAAGAGACGCUGAAAGCUUCAGCUCAGUACUUUGGCAUGAAGUUGAAAACCAAUCUUGGAGCUUUAACAAAGGAGCGAUCUUUUUCUCUGAAAAAAGCAACAACCCCUCGCCGAACACCAGCGAAAUCACUGAAGUACACUCCAGACUCCAGUGCAACACUGACAGAUGUAGACACUCGCACACCAAAGCCAGCUAACACGCGUCCAGACCCCAGCGCUCCUCCUGUGCAGACGGCAAGCACAGAGUUUGAGGACGAGCCAUCAGAUCCCUUUCCAUCCAUAACCCCCUCCAAAUCCUGUUCUCCAGCUGUGGGCUCUGCAUACAAAAGCAUGGAGAGGGUCCAGUUUCUGAAGCAGUCCAUGACCAAGAGGUUUUCCUCUGUGGACAGCGGCUGGCUUGCACGCUGCCAGGAUUUCGAUGAGGUGGAGGAACCUCAGAAACCUGUUGCUGGGAAUUCAGUGCUGUCGAAAAUUGAAAACAGUGUCUUACGACCUACUGUUAAAAGCGAAUCUGCAUUAAAUGAGGGUCAGACAUCUCCUAAGGCUACUCUGGAGAAGAAGAAAUCCUCCUUGUCAGAGGACAGUGUACAGAAAGAUCCAGUAGCAUCUUUAGUAAGGAACAAUGUGGUGGUUGAUGCAGAACUGGGCUCUCCGGGGCCAGAUGGUGAACAGGUAUAUCAAAAAAACACUGCGGCUCUCAUGGGAGAUGACGAGGCCUGUUCAGAGGAGCCUAAAUCUGCUUCAUAUGCUAAGAAACGCAAACCCAGGGCUAGAAAAGAUCAAGACUCAGGUGACCGAGCAAAGGCCGAAGGUGGCAAAAAAAACAAAGGUCGAAAAAGACAGAGGGAGGGUGAUGAUGAUGAUGUGGAUGAAUCUGAGGAGCAGGAAGGUAGAGUGAAAAAGAGAAGGAGGACUAAGAAAGGAGAGGCAGCUGGAGAGGAUCAGCCCAAAAAAAGAGGAAAAAGAAAAGGAAAAGUCGAAGAGGAGGAGGAGGAUGAAGAUGAUACUGCCAGUUCAGAGAAAAAAACAACCCAGAAACGAGCAAUUCCUCAGGAGAAUUUGCUGGGAGAGGUGGAUGAAGAGGAGGCCAGAGCCGCUGCAUAUACAAUGAGGAACACCGUCAGGGGCAGGCCAACCAAAAACACAGAUGGCAACUUUGUGAAAAUCAAUUUAAAGAAGAAGUCCCAUGUCAAGGGAUUUGCUUUGAGAGGAGCUGCACUAAGGAAACAGAUGUACAUGCAGAAGUUCCAGCUGAAGGGCGAGAGGUUUGGGGGUGGAGUCGGGAGGGGCAGGGGGCGGUUCGGUGGCUUCAAUCGUCAAGGCGACACCUGCUACAAGUGCGGCGGGACGGGUCACUGGGCACGAGACUGUCGAGGAAGAGCUCCCGUUGUGAGUUCUGCAGAACAGCAGGAAACCCAAGCAGAGGAAGAGGAGUUUGAGUUGCCCACACUGGAGGAAGUUGCUCGGGCCACAGGAACUCUGCGGUCAGAGCCUAUUGUGGCUCCUCCCUCUGUGGGCGGAGACUCCUCUGAGAAGGAGGACCAGGGGGCGGAGAUACUGCUCAAUAUCAUCAGACCAGAUUAUGAGCGGCCCGCCCCUCCUCCACCUAUGGAGCCGCUCUACAGACUAAAGGAUGAUGGGAAAGUUCAAGAUGUCCCGCCAGAGGUGUAUGAAGCACUUCGAGACUUUGGUUACAAGUCCUUCAGGCCUGGUCAGGAGACGGCCAUCAUGAGGAUCCUUUCAGGUCUGUCCACAUUAGUGGUUUUGUCCACUGGUAUGGGCAAAUCUCUGUGCUACCAGCUUCCUGCGUAUCUGUACGCCCAGAGGUCAAAUUGCAUCACGCUGGUGGUGUCUCCUCUGGUGUCUCUGAUGGAUGAUCAGCUCUCAGGACUCCCGGCGAAGCUGAAAGCCGCCUGCAUCCACUCCAACAUGUCUCAGAAACAGAGAGAAGCGGCUAUUGAGAAGGUGAAGGCCGGUCAGGUGCAUGUCCUGCUGUUGUCUCCUGAAGCUCUGGUUGGCGGAGGUCACUCGGGGUCAGGAUGCCUCCCUCCUGCAGACCAGCUCCCCCCUGUGGCCUUUGCCUGUAUCGAUGAGGCUCACUGUGUGUCUGAAUGGUCACACAACUUCCGGCCCUGUUACCUGAGACUGUGCAAGGUGCUCAGGGAUCGGUUGGGUGUGCGCUGUCUGUUGGGUCUCACCGCCACAGCCACUCUGUCCACAGCGCUGGACAUCGGCCGACAUCUGGACAUCAGCGAUCAAGACGGAAUCGCCGUCCGUUCUGCUGCUGUCCCUCACAACCUCCAGCUGUCCGUGUCCAUGGACCGAGACAAAGAGCAGGCUCUGGUGUCUUUGCUGAAGGGCGAACGCUUUGGCGCUCUAGAGUCGGUUAUCGUCUACUGUACCAGGCGAGAGGAGACGUCCCGUAUCGCUGCACUGCUGCGCACCUGCCUGCAGGGGGUGAUGUUGAGAGAGUCCUCCAAACCAGCACCAGAGGAUGAGGAGGACAAUCCUGUAGGGAGGAAGAAGAAAGCCCUUGCCAGGAAAAAGAUCCGUAAGCCUCUGAAGUGGAUUGCAGAGGCGUACCACGCCGGGAUGUCUGCAUCAGAGAGGCGGCGAGUGCAGAAUAAUUUCAUGUGCGGGGAGCUGCGUGUGGUGGUGGCCACCGUGGCCUUCGGGAUGGGCUUGGACAAAUCAGACGUGCGUGGGAUCGUCCACUACAACAUGCCCAAAAGUUUUGAGAGCUACGUGCAGGAGAUUGGCCGAGCAGGACGUGACGGACACCCAGCGCACUGCCACCUGUUUCUAGACCCAGAGGGUGCAGACCUGCAUGAGCUGCGCAGGCACAUCUACGCAGACACAGUGGAUUUUUAUACAGUGAAGAAACUGGUGCAGAAGGUUUUUCCUCCAUGUAAAUGCAGACAGAUUCAGCUGAAGCAGCAGGAUUUGGCACAGGCUGCAGAAGUAUCUGACAGUGAGUUACUGGAGAUGGAGUUUUGUGAAAACACUGAUCCACACCAGCAGCAGCAGCUGACUGAGACCGUGACUCCCACAGAACAACAGCCACCGCAGACACACACUACACAUGAGCACAAUCAACCAACUCAGACGACAGAGGAGGAGCCGGAGGAGGGCGACGGCGGUCUGAAACUGAGUGACGUGCGAGUACAGCGUGCAUGUCACACACAUGAGAGAGCCAUCCCCAUGCAGGAGACCGUGGAGACCCUCGACAUCACCGAAGAGAGUCUGGAGACCCUGUUGUGUUACCUGGAGCUUCAUCCUCAGCAGUGGGUGGAGCUUCUUCAUCCGACGCUCUCCAUCUGUAAGCUGCAGUGUUACGGCGGUCCACAACAACUCCGCAAAAUCACCAAACUGUGUCCUCCAGUCGCUGUGGCUCUGGCGCGCAAACGCAUGGCAGGGGAGCGCGUGGAGUCAUGUGACGCUCUGGAGUUUGACGUGGUGGAGCUGGCGGACACUAUGGGCUGGCAGCUUCCUCUGGUGAAGAGAGGCCUGAGACAGCUGCAGUGGGGCUCAAACACAGGCACAGGACGGAGCGGCAUCCAUGUGGAGUUCUCAGCGCUCUCCUUCUAUUUCCGCUCAUAUGGCGACCUGACGGCGGACGAGCUGGACGCGGUUUGUGCCUUUCUGCACGGCAGAGUGAUGGCACAGGAGAGGACACAGCUGUACCAGCUCAAAACCUGCUUCAAAGCCUUCCGCAGCGUUGCGUAUCGUAACUGCAGUCUGUGUAUGGAUGAUCUGGAGGAAAGCAGGAGCCAGGCUCUCAAAGAACUGCUGCGCCAUUAUUUCGACAAGAGGAGAAACCUGGACCUGAGCAAUCACUAUCAGGAGGAAGAGGAGGACGAGGAGGAAGAGCUCAACAAAUGCAAAAUGAGGGACUGGGAGGCUCAGAUCUGCGCGGACAUCAGAGGUUUCCUGUCCAGCCGCAGCGAUGAGAAGUUCUCCGGUCGAGCCGUGGCCAGAAUCUUCCAUGGCAUCGGAAGUCCGUGUUAUCCAGCGCAGACGUACGGACGUGACAGAAGAUACUGGAGGAAAUAUAUUCAGUUUGAUUUCAAUGAGAUCAUUCGUUUAGCUACACAGGAGAUCAUUAGAACGAGGUAACGUGAUCUCACGAUGACUUAUUAGUGCUGUUUGUCACUCUUUUAAAUGUUCACAUGUUGCGUUUUAUAACUUUAUGUACAAUAAAGACUGGUGAUCUGUUAACCCA